UUGUUCUUGCCGUUGAAUGCAUUAUACCUGCGCAUAAGAUACGUUCAAGGAAACUAUUGCUGUGUUUCUGCAGCGAUGGCUGAUUGGGGUUUGGUGACUUACACAGUGCUGGAGGUGCUCAUUGCUGUGGCGUGUUGCCUUGGGAACGUGUUGGUGGUGUGCGCGGUAGCUGUCGGCAUCCAGGACUGCCUUCGGGAGCCGACGUUCUGCUUCUUGGUCUCUCUGGCCGCUGCUGACUUUCUGGUGGGGGCAGCCGCUGUGCCUCUAGCCGUGCUGUUGGACGGCUGGGUGAGCCUGACCUCGCACCAGUGCUUGUUCCUCAGCUGCAUCGUGCUGGUGCUGACGGAGGCCUCCGUCCUGUCGCUGCUGGCUAUUGCCAUUGACCGAUACCUGCGACUGCACAUGCCUUUCAGAUACAAAGCGAUUGUCACUCAGAGGCGCACACUGUUGGCCCUGUCAGUCUGCUGGAUACUUUCCUUUCUAUUGGGGUUCACCCCUCUGCUUGGAUGGCACAACCUCUCCGUCGCAGGCUCUCAUUCCACCAACACGUCUUCUACGUUGCCCAACUCUUCCCAGUGCACUUUCCUCUCAGUUAUCUCCCUGCCCUUCAUGGUCUAUUUCAACUUCCUUGGAUGCGUCAUGGCUCCUCUGCUGGUCAUGACGUUUCUGUACAUCGUCAUCUUCUGGAGCCUGCACAAGCGUCUGAAAAACAGCUGCCCUCAGGCGCGGGCCUCGCUGCUCAGGGAGAAGAGGCUGGCCUGCUCCCUGGCUCUUGUUCUGAUGUUAUUUGCAGGCUGCUGGAUUCCCCUGCACCUGAUGAACUGCCUGCUGCUCUUCCAGGGACCUCAGGCUGUGACCCAGGGACCACUUUAUACAGGUAUUCUCCUGUCUCAUGCCAACUCAGCCGUCAACCCAGUGGUCUACGCUUGUCGCAUCCCCAAGAUCCAGAAAGCCUAUGGUCAAAUAUGGAAGCGUCUCGCCUUGAAGCUCAAUUGUUUUACCAGAAAUAAGCCAAUUCAGCAAUCUGUAGCAACCCACUAA